CCUGGGAAGACCGGUCUUUUCUCGCUCGCGCACCUCGCUCCGCUUCCUCUGCAACCUUGUCUGACAAACCCGAUAUGGCUGAGAUUGAGAAAUUCGAUAAGUCGAAAUUGAAGAAGACAGAAACACAAGAGAAAAAUCCAUUGCCUUCAAAAGAAACGAUUGAACAGGAGAAGCAAGCGGGCGAAUCAUAAUGAGGUGGGCGCCGCUGAUACGCACUAUACAUUCCACAAGCAUUGCCUUCUUAUUUCUUUUUAGCUGUUUAACUUUUAAGAUGCAAAGAGGUUGGAUCAAGUUUAAAUGACUGUGGUCCCCCCCGUUCUUAU